ACAUACACACACAUAACUAAAAUAUUAAACGCCUUCUCGCUGAUGUUCUGUCAGAGUUUGGGGCUGAGGAGGAGUUAUGCAUGCAAACAUCUGUUGUCCUGCAUGUAUUUGGGUCAAGUGUGGCUUUCAGUGUUCUUGAGUGAACUGGUUACCCACAAUUCUCAUCCUGGAAAGACAGACCUCGAAUAAAAGGAGUGAUUUAUUUAUUUAAUCUUUUUUUUUUUUUUUUGAUUGGUGACUGGGGGUUGGCUUGGCGCUUUUGUCCCUGCGCACUGGAGAAUCCCUCCUCACCGCCCCGCUGUGUUUUGGUGCUCACACCUGAAAUGACAGAGGGGGGAGAGAAGCUCGGAGAUGUGAUGAAGCUCUGCACACGGAGCUGUUCAGCCUCUCCUCUCCUCCUGUGCUGCGAAUGCACGGCACGUUCGGAGAAAAAGUCAGGAGGAAAAAUACCCACCGGGAGGAAGAGUCUGUGCGCGCGUGUGACAAGCUUUUAAUCUCUUCACUUCAGUCGGCCUGAGGAUUGAAUCUCUCCAUCAGGAGAUGCGUUUUCUUUUUCUUCUUUUUUUUUCUUCUAAUCGCCGUCAGUGACUGACAUUAUCGAUCAUUAGACGUGUCGUCCGUCGCUCGCGGAUCGUCACAGCACCAUGCGAGCAGGAGAGACGCGCCCUGCUGUGCCAUGCUGAACAACUGUCCGACCCUGCUGCUGGCUCUGACCGCGGUGGCCGGACUUUUCCAGCGAUGUCAAGGCUGGAGCGACGAGGACCUCCUCCUGCCGCCCAUCAACUCUUCCAACAGGUUCCUGGCCAACCUGGAGGUGGACGUGCGCUUCACCAAAAGGUCAGUGGAGGAGAGCGACGCCUCGGCCGACGCCUCCUCGUCCCUGCAGACUCUGUCCCAGUGCAACGUGAGCGUCCAGAGACUCCUGCCCACCUCGCUGAUGGCUCGCUGGGACAGCAGCUUCGGCUUCCAGUGUGAUGUCCUCAUCUACACCACCAAUAAUCACGGAAGGGCUUUCUUCUCCGCGUCUUUCAACAGGGCGACCUCCCCCGUCGUCAUCGAGCACCUCGGGGUCACCGGGGGUCAGCAGGAGCUGCGGCUAUGCGUGGGCUGCGGGAUGUCCCGCUACCGCAGGUUUGGUCAGGGCAGGUCGAGGGGUCACCAGAGCGGGGAUCAGGUCACUUUCUGCUGCGUGGAUUUCAGCCUCGAUGAGCUGGGGGACAAGAGUUGGAGGCUGAACAGAAAGCCCAUCGAGUCGACACUUGUGGCUUGUUUCAUGACUUUGGUCAUCAUUGUGUGGAGUGUUGCUGCUCUCAUAUGGCCAGUCCCGAUCAUUGCAGGAUUUCUGCCUAAUGGGAUGGAGCAGAGGAGACCAAGAUAACUGACCUAUUAUUUAUAUGAAUUAGCCUGUGCUGCCUAUACUAUAAUUGUAGCCAUUCAACUGUUCACAUGACUGAAUGAUUGGGGAGGUUUUAAAAUAAACCUCCCCAUUGGGACAACCAAGGUAAUGUAUGAAGACUUGUACUAGCUAAUAUUAUUCUAUACUGGGACCAACAAUACCAAUGUGUUUUGUAAACCCUCGUAAGCCUUCCUAUAGAGUAUGUGGAAACUUUUCUCUUUAAACUGUGUUUGUAUAGUUUUUAAUCUUUGGAGGAAGUUUUUUGCCUUAUCUGCCAUGUGUAGGACUUUUGCACUGAAAACUGAACUUUAAGACCUAGUGCCGUCACAUACAGUAUAUAGUUAACCUACUAUAUAGUCAUGUUCAGAGUGUGUAAUAGUUUUUCCAAUACCUUAUGAAACAUCAAUGUUGUUUACAAUGGACAUAGGCCAAGUAUCACUAUUUAUAUUGUUAGAUUUCUAAUGUCAAGUUCAUUUGUGCUUAUUUGUAGGCUAUUAAUGUUUAAAUGAAAAUAAAAUUCAUUAUAGGCUAUAUCUCAGAUUUUCUCUGACCUGUUCUGUGUAGCCUAAACUACUUAAAUACUUAUUUCAAGUGAACUGCAGGUCUUUGUAGUUUGAGUCCGCAAUAUUAAUGCUUGAAGUCACUGAAAACAGAUUUUCACAUAAGUAAGUGCACCUUAAAGUGAUUACCACAGGGCUCCUCUACAUCAUUAUUAUUAUUAUUGUUAUUAUUAUUAUUUUUAUUAUCAUUAUUAUUAUUAUUAUUAUUAUUGUCAUUAUUAUUAUCAUUAAUCAUACUAAUAAGUAAACCAUCAUCUUGAGGUCUUCUUACCCUUUUAAUGACCAAUGUUGAGUAAUCAGGUUUUGAACAGUGACGCUUCAUGCCUUACAGAUGUUUUUUUUUUUUUUCAGUACUAUCUUGUGAAUGUUGCCUCUGAGAGGUACUGUAAAGAAAGUUUUACCACUUUAAACGUGUGAGAACGAAUAAGACACAGCAGAGUCUGUGCCGGCGUCUGGCUGUGCUACAUGCCCAGACAAGAGAGAGAUGUUAUCAUCCUGAUUU